CAAAGUUCACUUAGAGGGAAAGAAGAGUAUUUGGGGGAUAGCAGACAUCAUUGGGCAUCUCUGGGGACCUAACCCUGGGCUGGUCUUAGCUUCGUGGCAACAGGAAAUCUUCAGGAUUGUCACAGAAAUGCAUUCUCUUUGGAACAAACACCUUUGAAGCCAGUUGUGUAGAAGUUGCACAUCUCUCUGAACCCAUGGCUUGACUCCAGGAGCCCCCAUUAGAGGUAAGCAUCCCCACCCUACCUUUUAACUGAAGCGUGAACAGGGGGAAAAAAUAAUCCCAGCGGGCCCCCUGGGGUGUAUGAACCGGGAUGCCCACACCCGGAUCCCCUGCUCUGCUCCCCGCCCCAUCCCCGCAGAGGGAGCGGUGCCGGGCGCGGCAGGUCUCCAAGCCGACUAGGCUGGCGCUGGCGUCGGGGCUGCGCUCCUUGGCUGGACCCGCAUUGCCCCCUAGUGCCGCACAGAGUCAGGGCGCCCGGGCUUCCCCGCCUGAUGUCACCGCCGUGCAGUCAGCCCAGAGGCGGCUCAUUGAAAGCAGACCCUCCUCGCGAUCGCUGGGCGGAGAAGGCACCGCGGUCCGUAGACCCGCCGCGGGCCGGGCACAGCCGGGCACCCCCGGCCCGGCGCCCGCUCCUCCCCGCGCUCCCGCGCCAGCCCGGCCAGGCGCGCCUGACGUGGACCAUUAAACUUGGAGCUGCCGCCUCGUCCCCUCUCUCCUCCUCCUCCCUCUGACAGGCGAGCGAGCCGCUGGGUGCAGGCAGGCGACGUGCUGCCGGGCUAGGCUGCCCGGGGGAGAUGACUUCUCGCCAGGAGGACGCCUCUGGAAAGAAGACCACGGAGGGAGCAAAGUUUCAGGGCAGCUGAGGAGCUUUGGUCGCAGCCCUUCCGAGCCCAAUCUCCUCCCUGGCUAUGGAGGGCGGACUUUAAAAUGAAUCCCGAUCUGGACACCGGCCACAACACAUCAGCACCUGCCCACUGGGGAGAGUUGAAAGAUGCCAACUUCACUGGCCCCAACCAGACCUCGAGCAACUCCACACUGCCCCAGCUGGACGUCACCAGGGCCAUCUCUGUGGGCCUGGUGCUGGGCGCCUUCAUCCUCUUUGCCAUCGUGGGCAACAUCUUGGUCAUCCUGUCGGUGGCCUGCAACCGGCACCUGCGGACGCCCACCAACUACUUCAUUGUCAACCUGGCCAUUGCUGACCUGCUGUUGAGCUUCACAGUCCUGCCCUUCUCCGCUACCCUGGAAGUGCUCGGCUACUGGGUGCUGGGGCGCAUCUUCUGUGACAUCUGGGCAGCGGUUGAUGUCCUGUGUUGCACGGCCUCCAUCCUGAGCCUAUGUGCCAUCUCCAUUGACCGCUACAUUGGGGUGCGAUACUCUCUGCAGUACCCCACGCUGGUCACCCGCAGGAAGGCCAUCUUGGCGCUCCUCAGUGUGUGGGUCUUGUCCACGGUCAUCUCCAUCGGGCCUCUCCUUGGAUGGAAAGAACCUGCGCCCAAUGACGACAAAGAAUGUGGGGUCACAGAAGAACCCUUCUACGCCCUCUUUUCCUCCCUGGGCUCCUUCUACAUCCCACUGGCGGUCAUCCUGGUCAUGUACUGCCGAGUCUACAUCGUGGCCAAGAGGACCACCAAGAAUCUGGAGGCGGGAGUCAUGAAGGAAAUGUCCAACUCCAAAGAGCUGACCCUGAGAAUCCACUCUAAGAACUUUCAUGAGGACACCCUCAGCAGUACCAAGGCCAAGGGCCACAACCCCAGGAGUUCCAUAGCUGUCAAACUUUUUAAGUUCUCCAGGGAAAAGAAAGCAGCCAAAACCUUGGGCAUUGUAGUCGGAAUGUUCAUCUUAUGUUGGCUCCCCUUCUUCAUCGCUCUCCCACUUGGCUCCCUGUUCUCCACCCUAAAGCCCCCGGACGCCGUAUUCAAGGUAGUGUUCUGGCUGGGCUACUUCAACAGCUGCCUCAACCCCAUCAUCUACCCGUGCUCCAGCAAGGAGUUCAAACGCGCCUUCAUGCGUAUCCUGGGGUGCCAGUGCCGCGGUGGCCGUCGCCGCCGCCGCCGUCGCCGUCUAGGAGGCUGCGCUUACACCUACCGGCCGUGGACCCGCGGCGGCUCGCUGGAGAGGUCGCAGUCGCGGAAGGACUCUCUGGAUGACAGUGGCAGCUGCAUGAGCGGCAGCCAGCGGACCCUGCCCUCGGCGUCACCCAGCCCGGGAUACCUGGGUCGUGGAACGCAGCCACCCGUGGAGCUGUGCGCCUUCCCCGAGUGGAAACCCGGAGCGCUGCUCAGCCUGCCAGAGCCUCCUGGCCGCCGCGGCCGCCUCGACUCCGGGCCACUCUUCACUUUCAAGCUCCUGGGCGAGCCUGAGAGCCCGGGGACCGAAGGCGACGCCAGCAAUGGGGGCUGCGACACCACAACUGACCUGGCCAACGGGCAGCCGGGCUUCAAGAGCAACAUGCCCCUGGCGCCCGGGCACUUUUAGGGUCUCUCUUCAUCCACCCGCCCCCGAACACACACACAUCGGGGGUUGGGGGAAGAACACCAUCAUGGGAGGUGGGAGGGCGCGUGGGGGGAGUGUGUCAGUCCUGAGUAGACACAAGGUCUCAAGGGGACAAAGGGGAGGGGGUGGGGAGAGGGGCAGCUGCUUUUCUGGCAGAGGCAUGGGUGCCAGGUACAGCGAAGAGCUGGGCUGAGCAUGCUGAGAGCCUGGGGGCCCCCCCUACGCCGGCCGGGACUUAAGUCUCUCUCUCUUCUCUCUCUGUAUAUACAUAAAAUGAGUUCCUCUAUAUGUAUUUAUCUGUGGGUACACGUGCGUGUGUCUGUUUGGUGUACGUGUGGGCUGCGUGGGUGCGUGUGUGAGGCCUGCCCGCAAGCAUGUGCUGGGGCAGAGUGAGUGUGACCCCUGGUGAUGUCUAGGUGUGUUGUUUGUUUCUUGACUUUGUACCUCUCAAACCCCUCCCUGCUCUCCAGUCAAUGCUGGCCCUUUGAUAGGGUCGGAAAACAAGUCAAAUAUUAAAGAUCAUUUCUCCUGUGCGCCUUUGAGUGAUUUGUGAAGGAGAGCCUUGUGUUUCCUCUUCCUUCAGGUCUGAUCAAAUCCUAGGACUUUUCUUUUGGGGCAGGCCAGGAGGAGUUAGACUAUUAUUAUUAGUGACAUUGUUAUGAUUAUCGUAUUUAUGAUUACAUUUUUAUUUAUUAUUUUAUGUAUUUAAAAGAGGUAUUCAGGUGCCACAACAGAUGUGGAAACCAGAGGACUCCUUGGAGGAGUCAAUACCACAAAAACUAUAGACAAGGCCAUUCCAAAAAGUACACACACACACACACACACACACACACACACACACACACACACAUAUUUGCAGACAAUUAGGGUCCCUUAUCUUGGAUCUCCUGGGUUAAUCACAACUUCCAAGGUACACAAGUAUCCUACACUGAACCAGAAUUAUCUCAGCCAAGUCCUGGUUUUUAUAGAUGGGUGACUGAGGUUAAGAUUUUGGCAUGGGCCAGCAAGACACUGAGCAGGUAAAGGUGUUCGCUGCCAAGCCUGAGGACCUGAGUUCGAUCUCUGGGACACACAAGGUAAAGCAGAGUCUGGACUCUGGCAAGUUAUGCUCUGACCUCCUCCCAUGCAUUAUACCACUGGGCUUGUACACACACACAAGCACACACACAAUGUAAUAGCAAUGUUUUUUCUUUUUUAAAGAACUUGACAAAGUGUUAUUAAAGUUACACUUCCUUUG